AUGGAAGCCACCAAUUACCGUCUUCACUAUCUUGAAUUCUGAUCCACAGUAGUAUAUAAUAAUCCACCGACCUAACCCAACUCUUGUCCUAAUCUUGUGUUUCUUCAAAAUUACACCCAACCAACUAGAACAGCACCUCAAUCACGGAUUCACGCGUGUGGAGCUUCAUCGGAUUUGUUUCCCCAUAAUCGCUUCAAUAAUUCUCCAUUUACUCCCAUUAAUUAUUGGAAAUUCUGGUGUUGUAGUACACUGAUGGCUAACUCAACUAACAAAUCUACACCAACAAUGUUGUUGGACUCCAUGGAACAGAAGGGGAAAAAUAUUGCUGAAUCAAAUGCAAGCAUAAUUCAAUGUCCUAUAAGCCAGCAAUGCCGUAGCACCUUAGAUGGUCCAGUAUCUAUUCUUUGGGAUAUUGAAAAUUGUCCUGUUCCAAGUGAUGUACGCCCAGAAGAUGUGGCGGGUAAUAUAAGAAUGGCUCUGCAGGUACACCCAGUAAUUACAGGAGCUGUUAUGAUGUUUUCUGCUUAUGGGGAUUUCAAUGCUUUCCCUAGGCGGCUUAGAGAGGGCUGUCAGAGAACUGGUGUUAAACUUAUUGAUGUUCCCAACGGGAGAAAAGACGCUGCCGACAAAGCAAUCUUGGUCGACAUGUUCUUAUUUGCUCUUGACAAUCCCCCACCAUCCUCCAUCAUGCUAAUCUCUGGUGAUGUUGAUUUUGCUCCAGCGCUACACAUUCUUGGUCAGCGGGGAUACACUAUAAUUCUUGUCAUCCCUGCUGGGGUUGGUGUUUCUUCUGCCCUAUGCAAUGCUGGUAAAUUUGUCUGGGACUGGCCUGUUGUGGCUCGUGGAGAAGGUUUCGUCCCCCCCUCAAAGGCUUUGGCGCCACCCCGUGGUGGUUCAGUUGAGCUUUCUGGAUAUUUGAUGGGGUGCCAUAUCAAUGACAGCACCGAUGGACAAAAUGAAGAAGAAGCAAUAGUUUAUAGAGGGAUGUCACAAAGCUAUUACAACUCGAGGGAAUUCUCAGUGGUAUCACAAUCUCUGUCUGAAUAUAACUCACCGCAUGUGUCUUACUUGCCAACUUCUUUGAGAUCAUAUAGCCUUCCAUCUGGAUUGAAUGAUGUUGCUGGAGGACCUGUGCCUUCUAGUGACAAUACUGAAUGCCAGCUAUGGGUACAGCCUGGGGAUUUAAAUGGUCUCAAGGGUCAGAUAAUAAGGUUGCUCGAACUUUCUGGAGGAUGUCUGCCCUUAGUCCGAGUUCCAGCGGAGUACCAGAAAAUUUAUGGUAAGCCACUCUUCAUAUCUGAAUAUGGGGCAUUUAAGUUGGUUGAUCUUUUCAAAAAAAUGGAUGAUGCCAUUUCUGUGGAAGGGAAAGGGGCUCGCAGAUAUGUGUAUCUCAGAAGCAGGAAGGGAGGAUCAGGUGCUCCUCCGUUGUCUCUUGCAAAGAAAGAUAAGAAAGGAAAAAGGGAACUGGAAGAGAAUGCAAAUGUUGUCAUUGGUGGCUGCUCUUCGGAUGAGUUGUCAGAUGAAGAAAGAGUAGUCACAGAAGAACGCGAGGAAAGAAAUUUUACCGGCAAGUGUAAUAAAGGGAGAGCAGCCAGAUGUGAAAUUGAUGGCCGUGUUCUUGAGCAGUUUAAGUGUGAGCUGCAGGAGAUUCUGGUCAGCUAUUCCUGUCAGAUACUUCUAAGUUGUUUUGAAGCUGUAUACCAGCAACGGUACAAGAAACAAUUGGAAUAUCAGAUAUUUGGCGUGAACAAGUUGGAGGACUUGUUGGAGAAAGUGAGUGACGUGGUAGCAUUGCAUGAGGAUCCAGUAAGCAAGAGGAAAUUCUUGGCUGCUAUUGGUAGUUAGAAAACUUAAGCAAGAGAGAGCUUGCUAUUUGUUUUAACCUUUCUGGUGUUUUUAAGGCAAAUACUCCACAAAUGAAUGCCUUAGGAGCACGAGUUAAGGAAUCAAACGUGAAACAUUUUUAUUGAAAAAUGUAGUAUUCAAUAUUACUAAUGCUAUAUUUUUCAAUUAAAAAAAGUUCCAUUUCUUUGAUUUCUUAACCUGGGGGUGCUCUUUGUGAGAACCCUUAAAUGUUUACCACCAAGGGUCAAAAUAUAUGUUCUCCCUUGCAACGUCAUUUUUUUCUUCUAUGUUUUGUAAACAUAUGCUGGGCGAGUGUGUUUUUUUAUAGUCACUGGCCUGCAUGUAUUUGAACCUUGUAAAAUUACUGUGCUCCUUAUUUUCAGCAGUUGGGAGAAUAUGUAAAAGUAGUACUGUUUCCACUUUUAUCCUAAAUCCAAUCUGGAUAUUGAAAUACAAUUUGUUCAUGGAUGGUGA